GAAGAAUUGCCGGCAUGUUUUGGCAACAUGAAGAGUUUGAGAUACUUAGACAUUUCUAGAACUCAAAUAAAAGAAGUGCCCAGGUUCGUUACUAAUCUAUACAAUUUACAAACAUUUAGAUUUCUUAAUUGCAGAUCUAUCAAAAUGCCUCCUGAAGGAAUAGGAAGUUUAAUCAACUUGAGGCACGUUUACUUCUCUUAUGAAGAGAAUAUGCCUGCAAAUAUUGGGAGACUGUCAAAUCUUCGAACAUUGCCAUUGUUCUUUGUGGGUGCAACGAAGGGGCGUAAAAUUGAAGAAUUGGAAUGUUUAAGCCAACUGAGAGGAAGUUUAGAGAUCUGUAACCUUGAACUUGUUAAAGACAAAUCAGAAGCCAUGAGAGCAAAAUUACAUGAGAAGGCAGUUAAUGAUCUGAAUAUGACAUGGGGAAAAGAAGGCAAUCAUGAUGAAGAUGUUUUGGAAGGCCUCCGACCACACUCAAAUCUGCAAAGAUUAGCUAUUUAUGGUUAUGGAGGUAAAAACUUACCGUCAUGGAUGUUGAAGAGUGACUGUAGUUACAAUAAUGAAGUGUUUUUGAUCAGGAACUUGGUGGAAUUGGAAAUUAAUGAGUGCAAGAAGUUAGAAAGCAUUCCGGCAUUGAAAGGACUUUCAUCCCUUCGGCUGCUUUAUAUUUGGAAUUGCAAUGAAUUAACUACUAUAGCUGAUGAAGCAUUUGCGACAUUUGAGUCCCUGCAAGAGUUAAUCAUAAGAAAUUGUCCUAAGCUGGCAAGUGUUCCAACAGGUGGGUUACAAUCACUUUUGAAAUUCUUCAUUUCCAAUUGCUCUAUAAGCAGCAUCGGAGAUAUACUAGCAGCCUCCAAGUGCCUUAAGUCCUUAUCUCUGGGAGCCCUGCCUAAUUUGGGGUUUAUUCCAAGUAUUGAUGGGCUUACAACUCUUCAAAACAUUGCUCUGUCUGGGCUUCCUAAUCUGAUGUCUAUUCCAAGUCUUGAUGGGCUUAUCUCCCUUCAGACCAUAAAUCUGUCUGGGCUUCCUAAUCUGAGGUUUAUUCCAAGUCUUGAUGGGCUUACCUCUCUUCAAAAUUUAUUUUUGUCUGAAUGUGAAAUAGAGUGUCUACCUAGUGGGCUAUCAUCCUGCACAGCUCUUAAAAUACUAGACGUAAGGAGCUGCCAUAACCUGAUCUCUAUUCCAGAAGAAUUGAAGGAAUUGCAUUCUCUUGUUGAGUUAAGAAUUGUAGAUUGUUCAAAAUUGAGAAGCAUCCCAGAGAAGCCUCUCGCGUGCCUUACUAGCUUGAAAAAAUUGAAUAUUGGUGGUUUUUGGGAAGAGCUAGAGGAAUUCCCUGGACUUGGUUCCAUUCUCUACCUGAAGACCUCGCUCGAAGGGUUGCAGUUGUAUGGAUGGAAAAAAUUAACUACGUUGCCACCUCAAAUUCAACACCUCACUGCUCUAAAGAAGUUGUUUAUUAGUAAGUUUGAUGAAGUGGAAACAUUGCCAGAGUGGUUGGGAAACUUAUCCUGCCUAAAAGAAUUGCAUGUUGAUUCUUGUUCUGGAUUAAGAUAUCUAUCGAGUGGGCUGUCAUUCUGCACUGGUCUCGACAGACUUGCCAUACAGGAUUGUCCUAAUCUUGUCUCUAUUCCAGAGGAAGUUAUCGGCCAUCUUACUCAGUUGAAGAGCUUGUCGAUUGGUGGUUUCUCAAAAGAGUUGGAGGAAUUUCCGGGUUUGAAUUCCAUCAACACCUGCCUUGAAGACUUGCAAUUGUAUGGUUGGGAAAAGCUAAGUCAGUUGCCUCAUCAAAUUCAACACCUCACUGCUCUACGGGGCUUGUCGGUAUCCAGAUUUGAUGGAGUGGAAGUCUUACCAGAGUGGUUGAGAAACUUAUCCUCCCUUGAAUAUCUAGUUGUUAAAAGCUGCAAGAAUCUGAAACAACUGCCUUCUGCGGAAGCCUUUCGACGACUCUCUAAAUUGCAGACACUUCACAUUUAUGACUGCCCCUUGUUAGAGGAAAGAUGUGCCAAGGAAAGCGGUUCUGAGUGGUCCAAGAUUUCUCACAUUCCAAACAUCCGCAUAAAUGGCAAGUCCUUUUAAUCCCAAGAUUGAGGUUUGCGAGAGGCAACAGGCAUGGAAUUACUUUUCCCUUGAAAAAACAUAUACACUAUUUGCCUUAAAACACCAAACUGACCCUCAUCCAAGAAGCAAGCAAUAGCAGAGGAAUGGAAUAAAAGUAGCUUCACCAAGCAAAAGAUGAUUUUGGAUGAUCUUGAAGGUGCUCAAUUUUAAUCAAUUAGGAACAUACCUUGUAUCUCUCAUGUCUUACUUUGAAGGAAAACUGUUACAGGUAAAAACCAAACCAAAGUUUACAUCAGUUAUACUUCAUUAAAAGGCAUAUGCAUUU